AUGAGGUCGAUAGUUCGAAGCCAAACACGCUCGUCUAGCAUGCCCUCGAGAUCUUACCCUCUUACAAUAACCCCUGAAUUCGACUUACAUUUGCAUACACUAAACUCCGAAAACGAACCCACCUCUUCUUCUUCUUCUUCUUCAUCUCUAUCCUCAAUCGCCAAAAAACUGCACAAUCUCGAAAGUUUAUACGAUUGUGUCGAUAAUUUACUCCUUUUACCUCACACAAACCAAAUCUUCACCCGAGAAAGCCGCGAAAAAUGGGUCGACGAAAUCUUGGAUGGAUAUCUCGGCCUAGUGGACACAUGUGCCACGGCUAAAGAUUUCCUCACCCAAUCGAAAGAACACAUUUCGAACCUCCUUUCAGUCCUCAGGCGAAAGCGCGGCUCAGAAGAUCUUUCCGAGUUCAUCACCUCAAGAAAGACGAUCAAGAAGCAAAUACAAAAAUCGUUGACAAGUAUCGGUAGCUAUAAAAAGAACUCCUCUGUUUUAAAAACAGGGGACAAAGAUCAAGAAAUCAUUGCAAUAAUUCGCACGUUUAAGGAGAUCGAGCGAACGACAUUUGAGUUGUUCGAGGCAUUACUUUCAAGUGUUUCGGGAGAAACGAGCGAUUCAAAGCCAAGUAAAUGGUCACUAGUUUCGAAGCUUAUUGGGUCGAGAAAAAUUUCGUGCCACGAGCAUAAGAGCUCGAUGCUCGAGUUCGGAGAUUUGGAUGCUUCAUUGAGUAAAGGCUCGAAAAUCGAGGAUUCGCAGCAGCAGUUGAGGGAGAUGGAGUUGGCUAUUAUUGUGCUUGAGGAAAAAUUGGAGUGUUUGUUCAAACAUUUGAUUAAAUCAAGAGUUACACUGCUCAACAUGCAGAGCCAGUUGUAG